AAACCGCGAGAAGAGAUUCAUCCGGCUACAGUAAAGACGCCCAAGCUUGGAUUCCUUUAGGAAUAGCUAUUGUAUGUCUAGUCAUCCUGGGUUUAGGUGUGUUAACAUUCAUAGCAGUUAUGACCAAGAGGAAAAACAGGGAUAGCAUUAUUUACAAGAAACGCGUGCCGAAUUUGACUAAAAUACCUCCUAAGACGUAUCAAAAUCCUAACGCGAAUGUGGCAAAGGCGGGGCCGGCAAAACCAACUAACCCGGCUUCGAAAGGAUUCGCUAACCCUACUUAUAAGUUGCCUUCUACUAGCUCCGCCAAGCCCGUUAACGCCGCUAUGACUAACCCUCCUAAGGCUCCGCCAUACGGGGCCCAAAAUAAAAACAACAAUAGUAGUAAUAAUCAUCCCAAGAAGUAUCCGGAAGUGAUGUGGAACAUUGAUCUAAGAUCCGAUUAAAAAUAAUCUUUCCACUAUAUCAUGUGUCGUGAUGAAGUAGGAAUCAUCAAAAUAAUAUAACACGAAUUAAAUAAUAUAUUAUUUACACAAAUUUAUCAUGUAUAUUUUUUUUUAAUAGAAAUUUUUAUGCUUAGAAUUGUUUUAAAAAACUUUUUAUUUUUUUGGGGAGAGUUGAAAUAUGUAAAAUUAUUAUUUAAAUAAAAUAUAUUAUAA